AUGGCAGAGAUGACGGUAAUCGAGGCGGUGCGUUCGGCACUGCGUGAGGAGAUGGAGAGGGACGAGCGGGUGUUCGUCAUGGGCGAAGAUGUGGGUCAACGCGGCGGCGUGUUCCUGGCCACCCAAGGGUUUAUCGAAGAUUUUGGCCCGCAGAGGGUUUUGGAUACGCCAUUGGCCGAGGCUUCCAUCAUGGGGAUAGCGCUCGGGGCGGCGUUCCGGGGGAUGCGUCCUGUUCCUGAAGUGCAAUUCUCAGAUUUUGUGUGGCCCAGUGUCAACCAACUGAUCGGCGAAGCAGCCCGCGUCUACUACGGCACCAACGGCGCUCUCAAAGUCCCGAUGACCGUCCGCAUACCCUACGGUGGCGGUAUACGGGGAGGGUUGUACCACUCGCAGAAUGUGGAAGCGCUGUUCUUCCACACGCCGGGGUUGCUGGUGGUCACACCAUCCACGCCGUACGAAGCCAAAGGGCUGCUGAAAUCGGCAAUCCGCGACGAUAACCCCGUCAUAUUUCUGGAGCAUAAGAAAACCUACCGGCUGGUUCGGGGUGAAGUUCCUGACGGAGACUACACCAUCCCCAUCGGUCCGGCAGACGUAAAACGGGUGGGUAGCGACGUUACCGUGGUCUCGUAUGGGCUGGCGAUGCACUACUGCCUUGCCGCCGCCGAAGCCGUAGCAGCCGAUGGAAUCUCCGCGGAAGUGGUGGACCUCCGAACGCUGAAACCGCUGGAUACGGAAACCAUACUGGAUUCGGUGCGGAAAACGGGCAAAUUGCUGGUGGUGCACGAAGACAACAUCAGCGGCGAGGAACUCAUAGUGGCCGAAUUCAUCGAACUUCCCCACGUUGGCGAGAGUGUCGUUGAAGGCACGAUUGGCAAAUGGCUGAAACAACCGGGCGAUCGGAUAGAACGCUACGAUCCACUGGUCGAAGUUGUAACCGACAAGGUGACGAUGGAAGUUCCCUCUCCGGUGGCUGGGCAGCUGCUGCGCAUUAUUGCCGCGGAAGGUGAAACCGUGCCGAUGGGCGCUCCCAUUGCUGAGGUGGAAACCGACGGAAGGGGUACGCCUGCCGCUCAACCAGCAAACGAUGCGACAACCGCCCCCGCCCCCGCUGCGUCCGUGCCCGUCGGGGCGCCGCCGACAACACCCGCUGCCACACCAGCGUCUCCCACGCCAACUGCGUACCUUAUCACCGAUGCGCGACCGGUUGGACCGACCGGCGGUUCUGCAGUAGAGGCGUUGGACAAGGAAGCCGCCGCGACGGUUUCCGAUGCAGCACGGCCCGGGCCGUUGUCCACGGCUAUCGCGCCGCCGCAGGCCCAGGUCCCACAGCCGGUGAUCGUGGCCCCCCAAACGGAUGUUGACGUCGAAAGAGCCGCGAACCUCUUGUCCCCCGCCGUGCGUCGCCUGGCCAGUGAGCACAGCAUUGACGUGAGCCGAAUUGCCGGCACUGGCCUUGGGGGUCGCAUAACCCGUAACGACGUUCUCCGGUUCCUGGAAUCCGCCGCUGCUGCCGACGAUGCGCCUCGCACGGAAUAUGCCGCGCAGACGAUGGUAGCCGAUGGUGACGAAGAAAGGAUUGCCACCACGCCGGUGCGCCGGAUGAUUGCAGAAGCAAUGGUGCGGUCGGUGAGUCAGAUACCCCAUGCCUGGAGUAUGGUGGAGGUCGACAUCACCGAUCUGGUUGCGCUGCGGAACCGGGAGCGGGAUGGGUUCCGUCAAAGAGAGGGUAUCAACCUCACCUAUCUGCCAUUUGCACUCAAGGCAGUGGCGGCGCGUUGA